AUGGCCUCCAUGCCGUCCGUACGCCAGUUCAGCGCAUGCCUGAGAUGCGUGCGACAGAUGCCUGGCACCAUUGGCGCCCGCCGUCUGCUCUCGACCUCCGCCGUGGCCCAUGAAGAGGUGCAGACGCAAUCUGCGAAUGCGACUCGGCCUCCCCCGCCCUCGAACCCCUCCGAAGGUGCUGCCCAGAAUGCUUCUCCCCAAGCAGUACCCGAGUUCAUGCAAAAAUGGGGAACAUUGGACCCUCAAAUGGUGGAAAACAAGAAACAGGAGCGCCGGCUGCUACGGAGAGAGCAUGUGCAACCAGUGGGAUCUCGCCGUCGUCGUGCUGCUCUUCGCCGUUCUGCGAUACAGAAGGCGACAGAGAUUCCCUUUGAACAAUUGCCUUAUCAGUGCUUCCAGGAGGCUCGGAAGUUCUUGUUGGAGGACAGGCAAGAGAAGAUUAAAGAGAUCGAGACACAGCAGCUGCGAAUCAAGAACUUGAUGGACCAGGACCCCAGUGUCAGCGGUGGGCCCGCAGCAAAGGAGCAUAGGUUACGGAGUAUGCGGAAGCAUUUGAAUGAAUUGAUCAUUCUGGCCGACAUCAACGACCCGGUGGUCAAGCGAAAGUUCGAGGAUGGCCAGGGUGACAUGAACAAGCCCAUAUAUCGAUACCUUGCCGACAAGAAGUGGCGGCAGUACAAGCGCCUCGUUCUUGAGCAGCGUGUUACACAAUUGGCCAUUAUUCCAGAUAUUCUCCCCUCGUUGGAUCUUGUAGCGGACAUCGACCUCGGUUUCGGAAGGAAGUCGGUUGCACCAGGCGACUUUGUCGACUCUGCCAUCAGUGAGAAGAUGCCUCGACUCAACGUUCAAACGUUCACUCCGGGUGAGAAACUCGUCACAGUUGUGGUAGUAGAUGCGGAUGUGCCUGUCCCAGAGACUGACAGCUUCACCUACCGAUGCCACUUGAUUGCCUCCAACAUACCCCUUUCCCCCAACAACACAUCUAUACCUCUUCAACGCAUCGCCCAAGAAGACCAAAAGGUCGAGGAUCCUAGCGCAAAGAAGAUUGCACUGCCUUGGAUUGCGCCCUGGGCUCACAAGGGCGCGCCAUACCAUCGUCUAGGAAUCUUUGUCUUUGAGCAGAAUGCUGGUCAGGCCCUUAACGUUACCAAGUUCAACAACGUCAAGCGCAUAGGGUUCAACCUGCGCAGUUUCACCGACUCGAACAAGCUCCACCCCAUCACGGCUACGCUUUUCAGAACCAAAUGGGACGACAGUAUGGCAGGUGUUAUGGAGCGAGCUGGCAUGAAGAGUCAGAUCAAUGUCGAAUUCAAGAGGAAUAAGGUAGAGCCUCUUCCAUACAAGAGAAGGACAGAACGCAUGCGAUAA